AUGCUGCAUGCACUCCUACGAGGUUCAAAGAAUGGGUGUCACAAUUUACAAAGAUUUCUUUCGGGUUUCUCCGUGAUAUGUGUUUCUGGACACCGAACACCUUCCCAGCCAUUGUUGCAGUAUUAUCAUAUGUCUAUUCACGACAAUCAUCUCGUUCGUUUUUUCCUACGAUUUCUUCCUCAUUCACCAUAUUCUCUUUUCUUUUUUUGCCCAUGUCACGAAGCUCUGAUUUAUUCUUUGACGAUUUCUUUACACGACGGAACCAACAUCAUCUGCACGAUUCCCAUUUUCAUCCAUUUUUCUCUUUGUUUUUUUUUUAUUGUCAAUUUUCUUGUACGUAUUAUCAUCUCUUUCUUUCUUCCUUUUCUGUUUUGCUUUUCUAUCCCGCCAUCAAAUUUUAUUUAUUCAUUUAUGUAUUCUUCUUUCAUUCUCUUAACAAAUUUCCUUCCUUCCUUUUUCUUUCAUUCUUUUUCUUUCUUUUCAUCAUGUGUCCAUAAUUAUUUAUAUGUCUUUCUUUAUCAAUCUUUGUUUUUCUUAUCACAUCUUAUAUUCAUCUUCUUUCCGCCAUUUUUAUCCUUUCAUUUUCGUACAUACAUACAUACAUUCUUUCUUUCUAUUUUUUUUCCAUUUUUAUUAUGUCUCCAUCAUAUUUAUUCUCAACUUUCCUUACAUUUUUACUUACGUUCUUUUCUUUUCAAUCUUCUGUCUGUCUGCUUUUCAUUCAUUUAUUCAUAUCUUUUUCUUUCUUGUGUUUUUCUAUUUUUUUAUUAUCUCUCCAUCAUAAUCUUUCUUUCUGUUUGGUUUGUGAUGUUGGACGGCUUCACUUGUCACUAG